AUGGCUGAGGCAGAAAAGGAAUGUAAGAAAAUGGAAAUAGCCGUUCAACGUCAUCGGAAAAUGCUGCACUACGUGACGAAUAAAUGUGUGCCUUUGCUGGAAUCUAAGCUAAAGGAGGCAGACGAUAAGUCGAUGUCAUGGAAGGAUCGAGCGCUGAAAGCAGAAGGAAAAAUUUCCAUGCUAGAGCGACAGCUGGAGGAAAAAACUAACCAGACAAAUCAUUACAAAAAAUUGUACGAAGGGCAAUACCAAGUGAUGAUCAAGAUCGGUUCCGUGAUGGGAGAAAUCGUGUGGAAAUCUUUCAAAAGUCAAUCGAAUGUGAAAAUACUAAUACAAGCGCAGGAAACAAUGCGAAAGUAUUGUGCCCUGACGAAAGGCAUCAUUGAGUCAUUUCUGCUGGCCUACGGCAACAAUUUGCCGCCCCCACAAUCUAUGGAACACGUAUUUGUGAUAUCGGUACUUGGUGCCAUAACGAACCUGGCUGCGUACACCGAGGGUAGAGCAUUUUUAGCACAGCAAGAAGAGGUGGUGCAGCUCAUGAAAAAGAUGGUGCUGAAUCAGGAACAGUGGAGAUUUCCUCACUUUCGCCUCAUAAAGCGAAUGGUACUUACGUUCGCGUACAACAUGUCACUGGAGGAUCCGGUCGCUUAUUUCAUGUUGAGCGAAGAAAAGCUUAUCAGCGGUGUUUUACGUUGCUUGAACUUGAAUGAUGCUACGGACGUUGUAGCCGUUGCGGUGGCGAUAAUCUAUCGACUACUGAGCACAUCACUUCAGGCAGGGAUACCCUCAUCAUUGCCAGAAAAGAUUCCGUGGUCUAUGAUAAAAACGAUGAAGAACUCGUCGGACAAACAACUGGGAGAAAUAGCUACGAGUCUGCUGAACGUCAUGGAGUUUUCGGAGGCUACUUAG